UUAAUCCAAUUCGGAACAUCUUUCGGGUGGCCGGUUAGGCAGCCAAAGGAAAAAGGGAACGACGGUACAAAACAGCUGGUUACCGACGGAACUAGAGGAAAAGAAGAAUGUUGCGUAUUCUUAGUACCGCUAUUCGAGAUAUUGUUUUGCGAGACAGUGUUGUCAAUGUAACAAGUUCUCUGAUCCCUAAACAAUGCCCUGUUACACAAUGUAUUCAACAUAGAUUCUUUGGAGCGUUUUCUUCUACAAUAAAUAAAUGCAACGAUGUUGGUAACACUAAACAAAAGCCAAUAUUUGGCAAGAUACAAGUUGACAGCGUUAUACCUCCAAUGCUAGUAACUACAACAACUUCUGCAAGAACAGUUACAAAAUAUUCUAGGAGGAAAGGUAAAAGAAAGUCUGUGAAAGCUGUGCUUGAUAGGUUCUAUAGAUUAAAUUGGGGCAUAUGGAUCAGAACUUUUGCUGGACGUCAUAGAAGCUUGUGGAAAAAGUCUCAGAGAAACAGAUAUAGACUGAGACAGCAUGUUUUUUGUAAUGCAACGCAAUCUACUAUGUUGGACAAAAUGGUAACAAGCUAUUGGAAAAGACCGCACUAUUAUGUAGAUGAUCCUUAUAACCCAUAUCACAAACGCGAAGAGUUUCCUUUCACAAGAACCAAACCAAGACCAUUCUAGAUAAUACAGCUUGUAUAAACUUUGCUGAAAACACCUAUAUUUGGAAAUAAAAGUCUGUUCCCGUGUA